AUGUCUGAUCUACCCAAAGAUGACGAUAUGACCAUGGUUCCUUUGGUUGGACAGGAUGAAACUACAGCAUCUACGGAAUUGGAAGCCCUCAAUUCAAAAGGAGAAGAAACACAGACAAAUGGCAGUGUUGGCAUCCAGACAGAUGACACCAAGGAACAAGAACCUCAACAGCCUCGCGAGGAAGACCUCAAUCCCACUUUGGCUCAGUUCAUGGCUGCUUGCCAAGCUGGUGAUCUUGAAACAGUGAAGCAAAAAAUCUCUUCCGGCGAGGUACAGGCUUCUGACACGUUUAGUGACGGUGUGACCGGUUUACACUGGGCUGCGAUCAAUAAUCGAUUGAGUUUGGUCAAAUAUCUCAUGGAGAAUGAAUACUCUCAGGCUGAUCCCAAUGCUGUCGGUGGUAAUUUGCGUGCCACGCCCUUCCAUUGGGCUUGCAGAACAGGCUUGGUGUAUGUGGUGGACUACUUUCUCACCCACACGGAUGCUGACCCCACAAUGAAGGAUUCCCAAAACUACAAUGCAUUGCACUUGGCUGUCCACAGUUCCAACAUUACCUUGUGUAUAUACAUCUUGUUGAGUUGUGUCGCAACGGACGAUCCGAUGAAACGUAUCUACAUUGAUGAGCCCGACUCCAUCAAGUGUACAGCUUUGCAUUGGGCCUCAUAUCAGGGUGAUAUUCUCACUGUGAACGCUCUUCUCAAAUACGGAGCUGAUGUCAACAAGGUCGAUCAGAACCAGAUGACCCCGUUACAUUGGGCAUUCAUCAGAGGCUACAAAUCUGUUCUUGCAGCACUCUUGGAAGCGGGUUCCGACAUCUAUCAUAAAAACGACAAAAAUAAAGACUCCUUCGGAGUCAGCCAAGACAUGAACUGUGAGAACACCUGGUUGCAGGUCUUGCGUGAAGCUGACAGAGACCAAAAGAACAACUGGGCUCCACGUACGCAUUUGCUCGAACCUAAGCCCGCAAAAGUGGUGACAUUUCUCAUACCCUACGUCUUGUUGCCUAUCGUCUUGAGGCUUUGCAACUUCAGCAAUGGUCUAGCCAUACCAGAAAUCUUCGUGUCUGGUCUUCUUUUCGGAGUUGGUACCUUACUCACCAAAAUGUUCUUGAUUCCAAUGUACCUGCCGAAAGAUACUAGCAUAUUAAAAAGUCCAUAUUUGGCGGGACUUUUCUCCGGAACGGCCUUCUGGUGCAUAAUAGUUUGGAUUUUCGCCAUUCUACCGGCUGUAAUUUUCAAACGCUUUGUGGCGAGUGUGAUGGUGGCAGCGUCAGCUUCUCUAUUCUCAUAUACCUUCUUUAAGGCCAUGUUCAUCAAUCCAGGUCAGAUUCCCAUCACCACUGACUCAGAAUCUGUUCUCAAAGAUGUCAAAGAGCUCAUUUCCCUCGCAAGAUUCGACACUGAGCACUUUUGCGUUAACACCUUCGCCCGCAGACCGUUGAGAUCGAAAUUUUCAAGAUUCAGCAACAGGCUUAUUGCUAGGUUUGAUCACUUUUGUCCAUGGGUUUACAACGACAUCGGUGUUAGAAACCACAAACUAUUCCUCACAUUUACAUACUCCCUCGCCGUGGCCAUCGUCCUGUUUUUCAUUCUGUCCAUCAAAUUCUUCGAUGUCGCUGAGCACGGCCUGGGAUACGACUCUGACAUUGAUGAAAAGUGCCACCUUCUUAGCGAGGACUUGUGCAAAGGAUUCUACAACAACCACUUCAUAUUCAACCUCAACAUUUGGUGCUUGUUCAACUUGGUCUGGCUUGGCUUUUUGUGCACAGUGCAAACGUUCCAGGUACUCAAGGGCUUGACGACAUGGGAAUUUAGCUCACUCAACAAUAGAGUCAACAAUCCCAUGUACAACCAUUCUACUGUUCCGAGCGACUUCGAUGGCCCAAGACCACCGGUUGAAUCUACCCUGACAGUGAGAAGAGGUCACAAUCAUGGACUUGGUGUCUGCUGCAAGCUCUUAGGCUUGGACCAGUUCGUGAUGACAGUGAAACUUGCCGUAGCCUCUUUAUUCCGAAAGACCCAGCUGGAAGUGCCUGGACCUCUCGAGAACUUGCAUAUUCCGACCGAUUUUGGAUGGCAGCAAAACUGGUUGGACUUCUGGUUCAUCGGCGACGUGACCUGGAGAAACUUGUUUUACUUACCCAUCGAGGGUGAAAACAACCUCAACGGCCAGAUUGUGGACUACUACAAGUUGUAUGAGUACCCAAAUGCUGGAGCUGAGCACGUAUAA